AUGUCGUUCGAUCGGCUAUCUUCCCUCGAGUCGCAACCGACCACCAUGCGCCGGCAAGAUGAUGCUCAGUAUAGGGAUGACCCAGAAUUUCAGAGGAUUACAGAAUCGCUAUCUACCCGACUGUUCGAACUGACGUCAAACAUCUCUCGACUUUCCAAUCAGAUUUCCAAGCGUGACACGGAGCGAGGGCGUGAGAGAAUACAUGAUCUUUUGGAGGAGACAAGAGAGGGAUUUAAAGAGGUUGGAGAAGGAGUGAAGAGAGCGCAGACAUGGCCGGAUCUUAACCCCGCGCAAAGGUACGCAAACCAAAAACUAUCACGAGAGUUCGCUUCGGCCCUCUCCGAGUUCCAAGUGGUUCAAAGAAGGGCCAUAGAGAAAGAAAGAGCUUCGAAAGCCAGUCUCGAAGAGGCUGCCUCAGGGCAGUCUCCAUCCGGAGAGGGACAACAACAACUCCAAACACUUGAAGAGCCCCGACUGGCCCAACAAGAAGAGGUCGAUUUCCAGGAAAAUCUUAUCAUCGAGCGAGAAGGAGAGAUUCGGCAGAUCGAACAGUCAGUGGGCGAACUAAACGAACUCUUCCGGGACGUUGCCCACCUUGUUCGAGACCAAGGCGAUCUAAUCGACGCAAUCGAUGUCAAUGUCGAGAAUACUCUGACCGACACCCGAGGAGCGGAUAUAGAGCUGAGAAGCGCCAGCCGGUACCAGAAAGCUGCACGAAGCAAGGCUUGCUGCCUGUUAUUGAUUUUGGCCAUCGCAAGCUAUCGUGUAUCAUUCUAUUCACAAUUAUGGCAGUAUGAUAUGCAUUCUUCACAACGGUCAGAAAGACCAGCACUGCUCCCGACAACCGAUAGCAGACUCAAUGUGAAUCCUCCAUUACCGUCCAACAGCAAAAAGAGGAAGAGUGAAGAUGUACAGGCCGAGGAUACAUUCUCAGGUGUAUUCGAUGCAAAUUUCCAUACGGCAGACUCCUCCUCAAUAGCAUUCGCCCCAAUAACGCUCGUGGCAAGAGCAUGCUUGCCCUUAGCCUGGGUCGAUACAUCGCAGAUACUACCCGGUCCGGUCUUUGAGGCAACAAUUCCAUCGGUGAAAGAAUGGGAACAACGAAUACUUGUGGUGCGAAAGGCACCAAACGGUGGUCUAUUUGCAGUCGAAAGAGUCGGGCUUGACAACUACGUUGCCUGUGCUUUGCACAAUUGGGUCACAGAGGAACGGUGCAAAGACGCGGCAAUUGGAAAGGUGGCCCAGACCACGCUUGAAGAGCUGCUGAAGAAAGACGACAGACCAUCGAACACCCACAGAAGAAGUGUGUCUGGAUCGAGCCUUGUGGCUGUGCCGAUUUCGAAAAGUCCAAAGAGACCUACUAAUCGACGAGGAGCCCUUGCAAGGAUGUCGAUCCUGACGCCGAAAGACUCCAGUGACCAGAAUUUACUACGACUCCCACCGAAUGCUAUCGACCAAAUGUCAUCUACGAUUCCUGUAGCCAUAGUGGCUGGGCCCUUGCCGGUAACUCCGGCCGCACAGGUUGAGACCGAGAAUCCAUUUGACAGGACAAGUUCCGCUGGUGAAGUUGUUCUAGCAGUCCCAACCCCGACGGUAUCUGAGCCCGUUUCUACGAGCAAUCCUUGUGCAUCAGAGCGCCUUCGAAGUCAGUAUCUCGAACAUCUUUACACUUCCAGAACAUCUCUUGCAUUCUAUGCAAAAGGUCCAUUGAGCCGUGCUCGAGCACACGUAAGAACAGCAGAACGACCCUCAGAGGCUAUCUCGGAGCUGUUGGAGUUUUAUGAACAGAGUAUCCUGCCGCCGAAGAAGAUCGACGUGAAGUACAAAGACUCAUUGCCUAAGGUCAUCAGUGAAUUGCCAUUGGAAACUGGAGACAUCCGCCAGAAGAAUUCGCGGAAAAGAAAACAAAAACUGGGCAAAGAUUGCUUGUGGCCAGAGGAGAAGGACUAUGUCCUGACCUGGUGGCGUUCAAGAGACCUGAAGCCUGGCAUGUCCUUGAGUGAUAGCCAGGAGGAGUUGCGCAAGGCAAUAUCGGACAUACGCAUGCGUGAGACAAAGAUGCAACUGUUGAUGAUCUUGGAAGUGAUGUUACUGGAACUAGCGGCUUCGAAAAUGCCGCAAAGGCCAAUACCAGUAGAUCCAGAUGUCAAAGUCGAAUCCUUGGAGGAUGACAUUACUGGCAUCCUUGCUAAGACACCGCAGUCGUCGAAGAAAAAGCAGCGCAACUACUCGAGCGAACUCGACACCAUCAUCGACCGCUUGUGUAUCUGGCACACUGUGAGCUUGGACGAUACUACGCCUGGCGAGAAGUCGCAGGACAAGAGCGACACCAGACCGAACGACUCCCUGCGAGAUUUUUGCAAAGACGUACUCCUUCCAUUCUAUUCGUCCAAACUGCCUGAGCAAGUCAGAUCCAUCUCACGCAAACUCGGCGGUCCCGAGACGUCGCCGAAGAGACUUCAGCCACCCUCAAAAUCCGCGAGUUUUAGCAAUGCCUCCUCUUCCACAGCAUUGGUCAAACCUAGACCGGGCCAACCACUCACCAAAAGGACGCUCGAACGCGUUUUAAGCGAAGAUCAAAUAGGCCGACAUGCCUCACCACCCGUCUUGUCACGCUCAUCGACUGUGCCAGUGAAAGCAAUUGUCCCAACGCUGAAACGUGAGCCCUCGGAGCGGCCGAACUCGCGUGGAGCUAUGCUCUCCAAAUCGGUAAGCUUCAGCAAUCGUGAGAUCGAUCUGGACGCCGACUCAAGAUCGUAUGAGGCAAAGCGACGCAAGCUUGACAAAUUAGCGGAACAGAAACGCGAACUUGAAGCUGCAAUCGAUGCACUUAAGCGUCCAAGUCGAAACACGGUUGCCGCCACGUUCAUGGAUGAAGUCGAGAACCGGCGACAGGAACGGACGGUACAGAUUUCGGCGACUCCACGUGCAAGGCGUAUUGCAGAUAAGGCCAGCCUUAUUGGACCUGAGUUGCCUCCGAUGCCACCAUUGAUCCGUCCAGAGCCUGUCGCCAUGAUUCCCUCAUCCACCCGGAAGUCGUCAUCUCGACCUGGCAUACCUAGCUCGAGCAGCAUUACACGCGCAUCAGCUACGAAGAGAGCCGUGUUGUCCGCAAUCCACGAAACACCAUCGCGAGGAUUCGAAAACAAGACUUCAGAUCCACUGGCAAUUUUUAGACUUCAUGACUACCAGCAUGACGAGCAUAGCGUGAUCCGCUCCAAGCGGCCAGUGCUGUUCACGCCGGUCAAGAAGUCUCAAGUGACUGUUGAAGAUGCAUUUCGUGACGCGCCCGAAAUACCGGAGCGCGCUGGGAAAAUUAUGGAUCGUGUCAUGGGAGGAAGAGGUCGAGGUCUAGGUUCCGGAUUUGAGGAUCCCGGGGACGCUUUCAGUGCCUCUGCCGCUGUGCCAAAAGCUGGGCAGGCAGAUGUCUUGCUUGGUGACGCCAACGACGGUAACAUAUAUGACAGGCUUGGAUGGAAUGAUUUCGACUUUUGA